ACUCGUGUUUCUUACUUUGCAAGGUCCGAUGACAGGGAGCCCAGUCACGGUAUGGGGCCCAAAACCCUAAUGGGGCCCAAAAUGGUGGACCCCACUCCGAUUUUGAUCUAAUAUGGCUCUGGAGCCUCCCCUGAUAUGCCUCUUGCUUUUUUUUUACUUGGCCCACAAUGUGAUAAAUUAUGGGUAAAAGUGUAUAAGUGUGUGUGGAGAUUUUGCUCCAUAUCGCCCCCUACAGCUUGUCCUGCGCUAUCACCAAAGAUACACACUUCCGGAAGUGUGUAUCAUUUUAGCCAAUCAGACAUCGCCUUAAAUCUCGUAUGCCAGAUGGUCUCGCGAGAUUUGAUACAUGAACAUAUCAACACUGAACAUGCAGUGGCCUACAUACACCUGGCUCUGAACAACAGAGCCAUCAUGUUAAAAAGGAGGAAGAGGAUACGGCCUGCUGAUGACGCAGUGUCGUAUAUUCUGUCUUCAAGGGACAAGCCUCUGUUCAAAGAAAUCUUUAUUGAUAGUAACAAAGGAAGAGGAGUGUUUGCGAGUCAGCCCAUUGAACAGGGAGCUUUUGUCUUGGAGUACAGGGGUGAACUACUAUCAAAGGAAGAUUGCCAGUCUAGACAAUACUCUGAUAAACAGAGUACAUUCCUGUACGAGUUUCAAUGGCAGAAACGUCACUGGUGUAUCGAUGCAUCCAGAGAGGAUGGAUCCCUUGGAAGAUUAGUAAAUGACAACCACAAAUCUCCGAACUGCAUCAUGAAAAAAAUCAUAGUCAACGACAGGCCACAUUUGUGCUUAUUUGCUGUUAAGAAUAUUGAAGCGGGAACAGAAAUUGAUUACAACUAUGGUGAUUCACAAUGGCCGUGGCGUAAAAAGGUGACAAGCCACCAGACAGAGACGCUCCCUGUUGAUCAAACAUCCCAUGAGGAUUCAGACAUCGAUGCUGCUACCACACAGGUGACAAGCCACCAGACAGAGACGCUCCCUGUUGAUCAAACAUCCCAUGAGGAUUCAGACAUCGAUGCUGCUACCACACAGGUGACAAGCCACCAGACAGAGACGCUCCCUGUUGAUCAAACAUCCCAUGAGGAUUCAGACAUCGAUGCUGCUACCACACAGGUGACAAGCCACCAGACAGAGACGCUCCCUGUUGAUCAAACAUCCCAUGAGGAUUCAGACAUCGAUGCUGCUACCACACAGGUGACAAGCCACCAGACAGAGACACUCCCUGUUGAUCAAACAUCCCAUGAGGAUUCAGACAUCGAUGCUGCUACCACACAGGUGACAAGCCACCAGACAGAGACGCUCCCUGUUGAUCAAACAUCCCAUGAGGAUUCAGACAUCGAUGCUGCUACCACACAGAUGACAAGCCACCAGACAGAGACGCUCCCUGUUGAUCAAACAUCCCAUGAGGAUUCAGACAUCGAUGCUGCUACCACACAGGUGUGUACUGUCAAAGGUGUUUCCCUUGUGGAUUAUCUGUUAACUGAUGAAACAGAUGAGGAUUGUAUCGAAGACCAACCUCUGACUCCACACUGUGAUGACAUUUUUGGAAAGCAGAGUAGGAGUGAAAACAUUCUGAUGGAUAGAGUAUCCGAUUUUUCUGAGCCUCUGUAUGAUUCAAAUGAGACUAAAGUGGAGGAAACCGAUGAAGAGGAUUCUAUAAUAGGCCAUUCCAGUGUGCAAGCAGAUGGGGAACUUGUUCCAAAGCUGAGAAGGACGAAAAGCAUUCUGGUAAACAAACUGCUGCCAAACGAAGCUGGACACCAGAGGAAUGUGCAUGCAUGUGAAUGCAUCAUGAUGAGCCAAGUUCCAAGGAAAACAGACUGUCAGCGCUGCAUUACUGCCGAACCUCAAGCCCUUGCAAAUAGAGACUGGAAAGCAGUUAAAUUCUUCAUCAAAAAUCGAAUUACUGCCCUGAGGAGAAGAAAACUAUAGUGACAGCACUUCACUAAACGGGUAGAAACAUUAGGCUGGAGGGAGAACCCCUAAAAGUGUUUGUGCUCUUUCUCUAGUAAUUAGGGGUCCAAGCCCGAAGUGGCAUGGGAACCGCAUUUGCAAGGCAGUUUUAGUAGUUUUUGUUCUCCUUGUAUUCUUCUUGUGUUGUCCUGUUAGUUAUUUUUUGUCUUCAAUAUAAAAAGCGGAUCCAGACCAAUCCAUAAUAUUAACUUUUGAAGAAAAAGUUUAUAUAAAUGUUUUUUUUCCACUUUAAAUUUAAGUUUAAAUGGACGGAUAGUUCUUUAUACUUUA